AUGAGUGGUUCGGCGCCGGAGUUCAAGCUGAGCGCAACGCUCAAAGGCCAUCAGAGCGAUGUCCGAGGUGUCCUCCUACCAGACCCCUCCUUUGCCGCAACAGCAUCUCGCGAUGGCACAACCAAGGUCUGGAAGCGGACGUCCACAACUCCGCCGAGCUACGAUCCAUCGGAAUCGUCCCAAGGAGCACAAUUCAAGACAUGCUUAGCAUACGUGCCACCCUCGAAAGAAUUCCAGGAUGGUCUCAUUCUCUCCGCUGGACAAGAUGCCCUCAUCGAGGCAAGACAGCCCACCUCCACAGCAGAAGUAAAUGCCGAUGCGAUCAUGGUGGGCCACAGUCAUCAAGUCUGUUCUCUAGAUGUCUGCGCCGAAGCCAAUUACUUCGUGAGUGGAAGCUGGGAUAGCACAGCAAAAGUAUGGGAGAUUGGCAGAUGGGAGGUUGCAUUCGAUUUACCAGGUCAUACUGCCACUGUUUGGUCAGUCCUCGCAUACGACCGAGAAACCAUCCUCACUGGCUGCGCCGAUCGAGCCAUUAGAGUCUUCGAUGUCCGUGGAAAGAUGCUUCGGUCCUGGGAUGGGAAAGAUAUCGUCCGUGCACUGACGAAGCUGCCAAAGGGAAAUUCUACAGGGGCAGAAAUUGCUUCAGCUUCCAACGAUGGAGUGAUCCGGUUAUGGACCUUGAAAGGUGAUCUCGUUGCCGAACUGUUUGGCCACGAAGCCUUCAUCUACUCACUAGCUAUUCUACCUUCUGGUGAGAUUGUCAGUUCUGGAGAGGAUCGCUCAGUACGGAUAUGGCAAGGGACGAAUUGUGUUCAGGUCAUAACACUGCCUGCCAUUUCUGUGUGGACCGUCUCUACAUCUCCUAACGGCGACAUCAUUGUUGGAUCGAGUGACAAGCUCGCACGGAUAUUUACCCGGGACCCAGAGAGGACGGCAGAUGCAGAGAGUCUGGCACAAUUCGAAGAAUCAGUAAAAGCAUCAAGCAUACCACAACAACAAGUCGGCCAGGUUAACAUGACCGAUCUACCGGGCCCAGAAUUUCUCCAACGCAAGUCUGGUACGAAAGAGGGUCAAAGUCAAAUCGUCAAGGAAAGCGAUGGCAGCGCAUCCCUGUAUCAGUGGUCGAUGUCCCAACAGUCAUGGAUCAAAAUCGGUCAGGUCGUGGAUUCUACCUCGUCAGGUGGCAAUAAGACGGCCUACAACGGAAAGGAGUAUGAUUAUGUCUUCGACAUCGACAUUGAGGACGGCAAACCUCCGCUCAAGCUGCCGUAUAACGUCACAGUAAACCCAUACGAUGCGGCCACGAAAUUCCUGCAGGACAACGAAUUACCCAUGACAUACCUCGAAGAGACCGCCAAUUUUAUCAUCAAGAACACGCAAGGUGCGACCUUGGGACAGUCACAGCCUGUCGGAGCUGAUCCAUGGGGCACCGAGAACAGAUAUCGACCCGGUGAAGUUCCUACCUCGUCAUACCAGCCACCUCCAGCUCCAGCCAAACAAACCUUGCCCCAGAAGGAGUAUCUCCCCGUAGUUAUAGGAAAACCAGCGGCGGCGAUGGCUCAGAUCUCUAAGAAGAACGCCGAGUACGGCGGAAGUGAGAUGGUUGUUUCGGAAGACGAGAUCAAAACAUUGUCGGCAGUGGCUCAGCAGUUGGAAAAAUACAAUUUCCAAGGCAAGCCGUCGCUGGCCAGCUCUUCAGAACUUCAAGAGGCGGUGUCAAUACUGAUACGGGUUGGGACGCACUGGCAACCUCCCGCAAAUCGACUGGCUGGCCUGGAUCUCCUGCGUUUCAUUGCCGCCGCCGCGAAAGAGUUCCCUGUCGCUGAUGCCGACGGCGUCGAUGUCGUUGCAAGUAUAUUAGGAAGCGGCAUUUUCGACGCUGACUUUGUUCGUUCCAACAACAAACUUGCCAUGAUUGCGAUGCGCUUUUACUCCAACCUUCUCUACACCUCUGGCAAUGGCAGGGAGCUUGUGCGGGAACAUCUUGAGAGCAUCCUGGAAAGUCUGAAACCGUUGUCAGCCAUCGUGACGACUGACGUCUCUGUUGCUGUGGCUCUUACAACACUCUAUCUCAACAUCGCCGUACUCAUUACUAGCGACAAGAGCAGCAACUCCGAUGCCAACGCCAACUAUGGCCUAUCUUUAGUGGAGGAAUUGUCUCAGGUCUUGGCUGCGUUUCCUGCUGUCAACCAUACCGCAUCUGCGGCUCCUUCAGCGCAGUCAACUGAACCUGCGUACCGGACCACAGUUGCACUUGGAACGAUAUUGGUCGGAUUAAAACAUGCAGCGCUCACAUCAGCUGCAAAGGACAUCUUUGAUGUACCGAAUGCUCUGGCCCAUUUACGCAGCAAGAAGUACUUGGAGGAACCGAGGUUCAAGACGGUGGUGAGCGAGAUUCAGGCUGCUCUGCGGUGAUGCUUCUGCCAGAAUCGACAGUGUGAAUAGCGAUCUGGUUAACGUCAACUGAGUUGAUACGAUGACCGGUUGGCGUUGGCUUCCGCCAUCGUCUAGUUGAGAGUAUCUUUGCGAUCUGAACAAGGCGUACUGAGCACACACAUCUCAUGCCGCGAAAGCAUCUUUAUUUGCAGAUUUGAAAAGGACACUGGCAAAAGAAAAGCAUAGCAAGGCGGGUAGAACGGUAUCAUGAGAUCAUGAGACAUGAUUUAU